GCACGCACCAACCACCGGAUAAACCCGUCUCGAUCCAUCCACCAGUCUUUCAUUUCUCUUUCUUCCUGUCAGUCGCACUCGCACUCGCACCGGGCGGUGUAUAUCUGGAUCGCCCAAUCCCCGCAUCCUCCUCGCGUUGACGCACGCAGCCGCGGCUACCCCAGGACAAGUCAGUGAGUCCGCGUCAGAGCUUCUUCCUUGGCCGUGCUUUCCUUGAUCCCGCUGCUCGUUUCGCUUGAUUCUUCUUUCCUUGGCAAUGCGCGCCCGGGGCCAGGAGAGCACCCCCAUCGCCGGAUCAUCCCCCUCUUAAUUUUCUCAGAGUUCUUCCCUCCUUGCCCUUGAGACGGACCAUGGAAUCGUCCGGAAGCUAUCUUAUCUGACGGGCUUGAUUGAUUGUAAAAUGCUAGUAGUUUUAGGGCCUAAUAAACAGUUCACUGAUUGCUCUUUUGCCACUUGUAUGGUGGUACGUACUUCAUCGUAGAGCACAACAGGAAGACCAAUCCAUUCCUUUUCCCUGUACUAAGAUGCAGCAUCUUUAAUCUCCAUUGUAGUACUGUACUCGAAUUUGACUAGUUAUACAGACCCAAAGGCACCAGCAUCGUCCGUUCGCUUGUUGUCGACUUGUGAUAUUCAGCUAGCUUUGUUUUGAUGCCUCAUUUUGUGCCCUUUCCCUACAUGUUUCCUGCUCCCAUUCCUUGAUUCGAAUCAUCUGUAACCGGACCCUAACUCAUUUUCUGUACUAAGCUGCAGCAGGUAGGACACUACUGAAGAAGGUGAUGCUCACCGUCCACAGUUGCAGCAAAAAACAAAUAGCAUUGAGCGCAACAGCCUGCAUACUGAUGUUCUCCCUGCUCCUCUUCAUUUUUUGUUCACUUCAGACCAUACUCCUCAACAAUAAACCUUUCGUCAUCACCACUGCAUCUUCUAGAUCAUUGCAUGAGAUCGACUCCAAUUCAAAGCCUAUUAACGGGCUUCAAAAAAUUUCAUUGGAGGUUAUUGCUAACCUGAGUGCCAGCAAGGUGGAAACUGGACAGCAGAUGGAAGGCGGCACUCAUAACAUUACCAACGUGACUGAGAAUGCGGCAUCUGGAUGGAGCAUUGUGAAGGAGGAGCUGACAUUUUCAGCUGGAAGUGCCCCUUUCAGUAGCUGCCAUGCUUCCACCAUUGUAGAGAUUGGGAAAGACAACUUUUUGGUGGCUUAUUUUGGUGGAUCCAAGGAAGGUGCUCCGGAUGUCAAAAUCUGGUUGCAGAGAUACAGUGAUGGUCACUGGCAUCCUCCAGAAGUUGCUGAUGAACAAGAUGGGGUGCCCAUGUGGAAUCCUGUACUAUUUCAGCUCCCUUCUCAUGAGCUGCUCCUCUUCUACAAGAUUGGUCAGGAAGUUCAGAAGUGGAGUGGUGCCAUGAAAAGAUCGCUGGAUGGUGGCAUAUCCUGGUCAGAGAGAGAGCAGCUACCGCCUGGUAUUCUUGGCCCUAUUAAGAACAAGAUUUGGCAGGUGCACAGGAUACGUUCUCGGGGAGGAGGGGCGGUGGGGAACCGGCGGGCGACUAGGGUUGCGCCCCCGAGUCGCCCGAGAGCGGACGACGCGGGGGGAGGGCCUUUCCUGCUUGAAGAUGGUCGCCUGCUAUGUGGGUCCUCGGUAGAAAGCUGGAACUCUUGGGGUGCAUGGUUGGAGGUCACAAAAGAUGGUGGCAGGACAUGGCGGAAGCACGGUCCUAUAUACAUAGAAGGUGAAACACUUGGGGUGAUUCAGCCAGUUCCAUACCAAACUGCCAAUGGGACAAUUCGGAUGCUUUUGCGAUCUUUUGAGACAAUUGGCCGUGUCUGCCUGGCGGAUUCUGCAGAUGGAGGUGUGACAUGGAGCUACGCGCACAAGACUGAGCUUCCUAAUCCAAACUCUGGGAUCGAUGGAGUUAAGAUGAAGGAUGGAAGAGUACUAGUUGCUUACAACACUUUCUCCAGGGGCACACUUAAGAUUGCAGUCUCCACGGAUGACGGUGAUUCAUGGAACGAGGUAAUGACACUAGAGGACACCAAAGGUAUGGAGUUCUCAUAUCCUGCGGUAAUCCAGACCAUGGAUGAGCUCGUACAUAUUACAUACACAUACAACCGGACGCAGAUUAAGCAUGUCGUUCUUCGACAUAGUGAGACAUGAAAUUGUAAGUCUGUGACUACUGGGAGACUCAUGGUAGCAAUCCAAGGAACUUCAAUUCAUCCCCGCCUACUUGGUGUGACCAUUGCAUCAGUUUGUGUUUGCUCAUAAAAUAGUGCAACCGAUAAAUAAUUUUACAGGCUGAUCAUAAUAAAUGUAAUAGUAUGAACAAGUGCAUAUGUGAUUGGCGAUUUAGCAUAAGGCGUUCCUUAUAUGGCAGUUAUUUCCCUUCA